GUUAUUUCGGAGGUUAUAUCAUUCACAUAAACAGACUGCCAUGCUAACUUAGCUAGCUCUUUAGCUCGACAGCCUCUCACUGAGCAGGCUUGACAGCAUCUACAAGGUUAGCUGUGCUCGGUCACUUGGCUAGCCUGUGCUUCGUUUCACUGACCUGCAUCAUCGACUCGGGGAGUGUCAUUCUAACUUGAAUAUAUUUAAUACUUGAAUGUAUUUUUACAACGUAAAUGAGUUAUAUAGAGCCAUGUCUCCAUCAGUGCCCCUGCAGGAGAUGAUUCGGGCCAUCAGGUCAGCGAGAACGCAGUGUGAGGAGCGGGGUGUCAUCCAGAGGGAGUGUGCAGCUAUCCGGGCACAGUUCAGACAAGCUGACAAUGGGGGGCGAUCGCACAACCUGGCCAAGCUGCUCUAUGUGCACAUGUUGGGCUACCCAGCUCACUUUGGUCAGAUGGAGUGUGUUCGAAUGAUAGCCAGCCCUCGCUACAGCGAGAAGCGUGUGGGAUAUCUUGGAGCCAUGAUGCUGCUAGAUGAGAAGCAGGAUGCCAGCUUGCUCAUCACCAACUCCAUCAAGAAUGACCUUUCUCACAGUAACCAGUAUGUGCAGUCUCUGGCUCUGUGCACGCUGGCCUGCAUGGGUUCAGCUGAGAUGUGCAGAGAUCUGGCACCCGAGAUUGACAGGCUGCUCCGAGCCUCCAACUCCUACAUAAAGAAGAAGGCUGCUCUGUGCGCUGUUCACAUUGUGAGAAAAGUCCAUGAUCUGGGGGAGCUUUUUGUGCCCGCAGCUCGUUCCCUCCUUGCUGAGAAGAACCACGGUGUGUUGCAUGGUGCUGUGGUGCUCAUCAUUGAGCUGUGUGAGCGGAAUCCAGAAACCCUAGAGCGCUUCAGAAAGACAGUGCCAGAUCUGGUUCAGAUCAUGAAAGGUCUGGUCCUUUCAGGUUAUUCUCCAGAACACGAUGUGGCAGGAAUCAGUGAUCCCUUCCUACAGGUACGCAUCUUGAGGCUGCUGAGAAUCCUUGGUCGCAACAACGAAGGCGCCAGUGAUGCUAUGAAUGACCUACUAGCUCAGGUGGCGACCAACACUGACAGCACUAAGACUGUGGGCAACGCCGUGCUGUACGAGACUGUUCUUACCGUGCUAGACAUCAAGUCAGAGAGCGGCCUCAGGGUUCUGGCUGUGAACAUCCUGGGAAGAUUUCUCCUGAACAACGACAGGAACAUUCGGUACAUUGCCAUGACAUCUCUUCAAAAGAUUGUUGGGACAGACCACAAUGCAGUGCAACGCCACAGGGGAACCAUAGUGGACUGCCUGAAGGACCAGGACGCUUCUGUCAAGCGCCGUGCAUUGGAGCUCUCCUUGGCGCUGGUGUCAGCCUCCAACAUCCGCUCCAUGAUGAAGGAGCUGCUCCUCUUCCUCUCCUCCUGCCCAGCUGAGUUGAAGGCUCAUGCUGCCAGCGGCAUAUUCAACGCGGCAGAGAGGUAUGCACCCUCCCAGCGCUGGCACAUUGACACCAUCCUGCAUGUCCUCACCACGGCAGGGGGCGACGUGAGAGAUGAAACGGUGCCCAACUUGAUCCAGCUCAUCACCAACGCCUCAGAGCUGCACUGUUACACCGUCCACAAGCUCUACCGAGCCCUACUUACAGACAUCUCACAGCAAUCCUUGGUGCAGGUGGCGUGCUGGUGUAUAGGAGAGUAUGGAGACCUGCUGCUGAGAGGAGAAUGUCAGGAGACAGAGGCUGUUCAGGUCACAGAGGACGACGUCCUGGACGCUUUGGAAACAGUUCUGCAGUCCCACAUGUCGUCCCCGGCAACCAGAGGCUUUGCUCUAACUGCCACCAUGAAACUGAGCACCCGCAUCACUGAUAAUGUGGAUCGCAUAAGAAGCAUCGUCAGCAUCUAUGGCAGCUGUAUAGAUGUGGAGCUCCAGCAGAGGGCAGUUGAAUACAAUGCCCUGUUCAAAAAAUAUGAUCACAUGAGGGCAGCAGUGCUGGAAAGGAUGCCUGUGAUUGAAAAGAACUCCUCGGGUCAUACCAACGGAGAGACAACGGGGGAGGCCAUUAAAGACAUCCAACCAGCCAAAGUCAAGCAGGGAGAGCUACUGCUGCCCCCCCAACCUGCUAACCAGGUGUGUGAUCUCUUGGACCUGCUGGGAGGCUCUGACGAGACUCUGCAGCCCAGCCCAGCAGUAGGCGCUCCAGUACCGGGUCUGCUCAUCAACACAGCCAGCAUUGCUGGAGGAGACCUCCUGGAUCUGCUAGGAGUGUUAGAGCCUGCACCCCUCGCACCAGUUCUUACAGCUCCUACAGUGCCGGUGUAUGAGAAAGACGGUGUGACUUUGACACUAAGUUGCGAGAAACAGUCAGACACGGGCCUGACAGUCACACUAACAGCCUCCAACUCCACUGAGUCAGACAUCAGCAGCUUCACUCUGCAGGCCGCAGUGCCCAAGAGUGUCCAGUUACACAUGAAGGCUCCAAGUGGGGACUCGCUUCCUGCAAGAGGCACAGCUAAGGUGACCCAGAUGGUAGUCCUUAACAAUCCAAACAAGGUGAGCCUGAAGAUGAGGGUCCGCAUAUCUUACACCAGCCAAGGAUCAGCCUUUCAGGAUACGGUCCAGAUCGACUCCUUCCCUGGACUCGAUGCUGCCGGCCAGUGACAACAGCCAUUCAGUCCAACGGGACUAUGACAACAGUCUGGAUGAGUCAGCAGGCAUCGUCUCUCACUGACGGAAGGUUUUCUGUGCUGUCUCACCCCGUAUACUACCGUCAAAGCUGCAGUUUCUGAAAUCCCUGAUGUUUCUGGUGUUUUUACGACUGAAGAACCUCGUGAACUUGCAUAGUUUCCCCCUCUGGAAUCCAAGUGUAAAUCUGACUGAUGGCAUUAUUUAAUAUGGCACAAGCUUUGAAAAUGCCCUUAUGUUAUGGAAAUACUAAAAUAUCAGUCGUUAUGGGAUUUUUGCAAUGACAACUCUCCAUAGAAACUUUGUACCAUCCAUCUUGUUGUUUUUAUUUUUUAUUUUAAUGCUACAGAAGCUGAUUGUACUUGUUUCACUCCAUAAAUAUGUACUUUCAUGUGGCUCCUGUCAGUCAGUACACGCCACUAGAUCAAUUGUCACCACAUAGAACUCCUUUACUCCCUUUCAAGUGACUUCCUUUAUGAACUAUUUGCCUUUGCCAGCUUCGGUUUGUUGAAAAGCAGCUAAACACUAAUGACUCACUACUAUUGUUAUAAAAUGCUCAUAUCCAGUACACAAGAUUUUUACUGGGAAACACAAGGACAUAAAUGUGAGAUUGAAGGGUGUAGGAUUUUUAAACACAACCUUAUUCUGGUUUCACACCGUUGCCACCACCUACCUUCAUCAGUGUAUCCCAAAAAAAAAAAAAAGCGUUUUUAAAAGCGGUUCCUUAGCCCGGUGGUUACCACCAAAAGUUCAGCACAGUGACCUCUGGACAACAGAGCAGAAUCUGUCCAUUAGGGCUGCACAAUUAAUCGCAAUAUGGACAAGUACAAUAUCUAAAUCGCAGAGGCGCAAUAUUUGUUAAAGGCAAAAUAUGCGCAAACCAUUCUGAAUGAAGUAUUGUGGUGCUGCAGUGACGUCACGGCCUACAAAUCCUAUACCACAGACUACAGAAAACAUCUUUGUUUGGUACAGAUCCACGCAAAUAAUACACUAUAGUCAAUGAAAAUUAGAAUAAUGAUACAAACAUGAUCAUUCCCUAAAUAUCGUGAAUCAUAUUGCAAUCGCAUUAUCAGUCAAAAAUAAUCGCAAUUAGAUAUUUUCCUUAUAUCGUGCAGCCCUACAUGGGUGGCAAUCACUUUCUACCCCUACCCCCGUGAUCAAAAGUGCUUUGUCAUUUAAAUGACUGGAGGCAACGGGUUACUGUGGGCAGUGUUAAAGCCCCUUUAUGUGUUGCAUAUUUGUCAUGACUCAUUCAGCUAAACAGCUCAGAGUAUCCUCCUAAUUAAUUCUCCUGUGCCUUUCAUCCUCUGAAGAACUGAGUUUUUCGCAUGUAUAAAAACAAAUGCAAUUACUGGUAUAUUUGGUCUUUGAGGCCAAGAAAUGGUUUAAAUGUAAGCGGUCAUUUAACCAUGUUUUUAUCAUUUCCAUUCAAGCAUACUUUUCCUAACCAGUAUCUCCUAUUCUAUUGUUUACAGAGGCUCCAGAGUUCCUUUAUUUUCAGAAGACUGUAUAGUGAUACAAGAAGAAUGGCAUGAUACUGUGUACAAGAUCUAUAGUUCAGAUUUUAAGUAUAUAAGCACAACUAACUAAGUUUAUGAAAAAUCUCUGAUACAAACCUUUGUUAAAGACAAAACAGUGGGCAGGGAAGACAUUUAGAUGAAGACAGUGCAUUGCCUCACUAAUAUGACUCAUCUCAUAACAAUGAGCCUCCAUUUAAAAACACUCUGGAUACUGGAUGUCAGCAAUGGUGCUCUAAAUGGACUUCAGUGCAAUCUCUAACCAGACUGUUUCAGACCACUACCUUAACUAAGCUGUAAAGAAAAGACCAGGAUGAGUAUUCUGUCGUAAAUUGUCUUUAAAUCUUCGGUUUCAUGUCAUUUUCUAAUAAAAAUCAGUUUUCAGAAUUGUCA